AUGUCGUCAUCAAUGCAGCCAUAUCCAGCAUUAGUGUUGAUUCAAGGAAUAAUAACACGUUAUGGAUAUCCAGUUGUUCUUUCAAUUGGUAUUUUGGGUAAUUUUCUCAAUAUUAUUCUCUUUCUUAGAAAAUCAUUACGUACAACAUCUUGUAAUAACUACUUUUUUGCUUCGGCAUUCAGUAAUUUGGUGGCAUUGAAUAUAGGCAUUGUACCAUUGCUCUAUACAUAUGAUCGACCAUGGGCAAUUAUAACAGCGUAUUGUAAAAUACGAAGUUAUAUGUUUAAUGCAUCUCAACAAAUAUCUCGCUAUUUAAUUGUAUGUGCAUGUAUUGAUCGAUUUGCUCUUUGUUCAACAAAUGCUACUCUUCGACAAUUCUCUCGUGUACAAGUUGCUCGUCGUUAUGUGAUUCCUUUUAUCAUUAUUAUUUGGCAUAUCUUCCCAAUUUAUAUGCUAGUCUUUAAUAUUGCUGUUAACACUAUCUGUGUGUAUCCAGGUGUAUCGGCACUUGCCAAUAGUAUCUAUGGCAUGUCCUUCGUUGGUUUUCUUCCACCUACGUUGAUGCUUAUUUUUUCUGCACUGACAAUUCGUAAUCUAACGUCAAAACAAGAUCGUCGACAUGUUCAUCCACUUCCAAUUGUCAACACUAAUUUAUCAACAGAUAAAGAUCGAAAACAACAGAAAAAAGAUCAACAAGUUUUUGCAAUGUUAAUCGUACAAGUUAUUGUUUAUGUUAUUGCGACAAGUAUGGGGAGUAUCAAUCUAGUCUAUUCUGUUGCAACAACAUAUAUGGGAAUAGACAAAUCGAUUGAACGAAAAGUGAUUGAAAGUUUUAUUUCAUCUGUUACUGGAAUAUUAAAUUAUACUUCUCCUAGUUUAUCAUUCUAUUUAUUUCUUCUUGCUUCAAGUCUUUAUCGAAAAGAAAUGAAAUUGGUCAUACGGCAGGUGUGUAAUAGGUGUGGUUUAAGAUGGAUUGUUAAUAAUAAUAGUGUUGGUAAUACUCUUGCAACACAUCCUAGUAGAGUAGGUGAAUUUACCCAACAACCAACUGUAAUACUACUCCCUGUUAUAAGUAGUCAUACUUGA